CUCCUCCUCCUCCUCCUCCUCUUCGUCCUCCUCCUCCCCCUUCUCCCCCUCCUCCUUUCCCCCCACAGCUUGGGGCGGAGCUUUCGUGAGGUCUCGCGCUUCACACCGUUGCCGUGGUGACCGGUGUUCUGAAGGGGUGUGGGUUUUAUGAAUGAGGAGCAACAGAAGACCCCCACCCAUUCAGUUCCAAAGGCUGAGGACAAGAUGACGGAGGAGGCCAAACAGGGAGAUAAGACCUUGAAUCAGACAUCCGAUAACCUGUUAGGUUCGGGAUCAUCCAGGCACCCGAGGCCUUCAGUUUCCUUUAAAGAAAAACCUGACGCAAAACAAAAAGCAAGCAAGAAGAAAGCUGCUAUUCCAAAAAUUGUCAUCACUCCGCCCUCAACUGAGAUGCUAAUGGGCUAUGGUCUUUCUGAUAAUGAAGAGCAGAAAGCAGUUCGGGAACACACUGUACGGGGUCCUUACUAGUGGCAUAGGGACCCCAGUGCACGGCCUAUGAACCUACUACCAAAGAAUAAAGGAGCAAUCCCAGCA